GUCAGGGACGGGUGCCGCCGCGGAUCAGCUGGCGGCGGCGGCGGCGGGUCGGGGCUUCGUGCGGGCUGCGGCAGAGGCCGCGGCGGGGACGUUGCCGCCAUGGGGGAGCUCUUCCGCAGCGAGGAGAUGACCCUGGCCCAGCUCUUUCUGCAGUCCGAGGCCGCCUACUGCUGUGUCAGCGAGCUGGGCGAGCUGGGGAAGGUCCAGUUCCGCGACUUGAACCCGGAUGUGAAUGUAUUCCAACGUAAAUUUGUUAAUGAAGUCAGGAGGUGUGAAGAAAUGGACCGAAAGCUAAGGUUUGUUGAGAAGGAGAUUAAAAAGGCAAAUAUUCCCAUCAUGGACACUGGUGAAAACCCAGAAGUACCUUUUCCCCGUGACAUGAUUGACUUAGAGGCAAACUUUGAGAAAAUUGAAAAUGAGCUUAAAGAAAUCAACACAAACCAGGAAGCUCUGAAGAGGAACUUCUUGGAGCUGACAGAGUUAAAAUUUAUACUACGCAAAACUCAGCAGUUCUUUGAUGAGAUGGCGGAUCCAGACCUGUUGGAGGAAUCCUCUUCACUUUUGGAACCAAGCGAGAUGGGAAGAGGUGCUCCACUACGACUUGGGUUUGUGGCUGGUGUGAUCAACCGUGAACGAAUCCCUAUGUUUGAGCGCAUGCUGUGGCGAGUGUGCCGAGGCAAUGUAUUCCUGCGUCAAGCAGAAAUUGAAAACCCCCUAGAAGAUCCUGUAACGGGGGAUUAUGUGCACAAGUCUGUGUUUAUCAUCUUUUUCCAAGGUGACCAAUUGAAAAAUAGAGUCAAGAAGAUCUGUGAAGGAUUCCGUGCCUCCCUCUACCCCUGCCCAGAAACACCCCAGGAGCGGAAGGAAAUGGCUUCUGGCGUCAAUACCAGGAUUGAUGAUCUUCAGAUGGUGCUGAACCAAACAGAAGAUCAUCGCCAAAGGGUUUUGCAAGCAGCUGCUAAAAAUAUCCGUGUCUGGUUCAUCAAAGUGCGCAAGAUGAAGGCCAUCUACCAUACCCUGAAUCUGUGCAACAUUGAUGUGACACAAAAGUGCCUGAUUGCUGAAGUCUGGUGUCCUGUAGCUGACCUUGAUUCUAUCCAGUUUGCUCUCAGAAGAGGCACUGAACACAGUGGAUCCACUGUCCCAUCUAUUUUAAACAGGAUGCAAACCAAUCAGACCCCACCAACAUACAACAAAACUAACAAGUUUACUUCUGGCUUUCAAAACAUAGUUGAUGCUUACGGCAUUGGAACUUACCGGGAGAUAAAUCCAGCACCGUAUACAAUCAUUACCUUCCCAUUUCUGUUUGCUGUGAUGUUUGGAGACUUCGGCCAUGGAAUCCUGAUGACUCUGAUUGCUGUUUGGAUGGUACUCAGGGAAAGUCGUAUUCUGUCACAGAAAAGUGACAAUGAGAUGUUCAACACUGUCUUUAGUGGUCGAUACAUCAUUCUACUAAUGGGACUAUUCUCCACUUACACGGGCCUCAUCUAUAAUGACUGCUUCUCCAAGUCUCUCAAUAUGUUUGGUUCAUCGUGGAGUGUCCGGCCAAUGUUCUCAAGCAAUUGGACAGAGCAACUGCUUGAGACUACCCCUCUGCUCCAGCUGAACCCUGCUAUUCCAGGGGUGUUUGGUGGACCCUAUCCUUUUGGCAUUGACCCAAUUUGGAAUAUUGCCACCAACAAGCUGGCCUUCCUCAAUUCGUUUAAGAUGAAAAUGUCUGUGAUUCUUGGCAUUAUCCACAUGCUCUUUGGUGUCACAUUGAGUCUUCUCAACCAUAUCUAUUUCAAGAAGCCGUUGAAUAUAUACCUUGGAUUUAUUCCAGAAAUUAUUUUCAUGUCAUCACUCUUUGGAUACCUUGUUAUUCUCAUUUUCUACAAAUGGACAGCCUAUGAUGCUCACACAUCAAAAGAUGCACCCAGCCUUUUAAUACAUUUUAUCAACAUGUUUCUGUUCUCCUAUAGUGAUACCAGUAACAAGAUGCUUUAUAAAGGCCAGAAAGGGCUCCAGUGUUUCCUUGUGGUGGUGGCGUUACUGUGUGUGCCAUGGAUGCUGAUAGCUAAACCCCUGGUCCUUCGCCAUCAGUAUUUAAGGAGAAAGCACUUGGAAGGGCAACCCGUGGAGGCCCAAGUCAGCACAGUUCCGAACGAGCAGGCACUAGAGGCAGCAGCGGCUGCAACAGGAACACACAACUUUGGCGGGAUCCGGGUGGGCAAUGGACCAACUGAGGAGGAUGCUGAGAUCAUUCAACAUGACCAGUUAUCUACUCAUUCUGAGGAAGGGGAAGAGUUUGACUUUGGUGAUACUGUGGUAUACCAAGCUAUCCACACCAUUGAAUACUGCCUGGGGUGCAUUUCAAAUACUGCAUCCUACUUGAGGCUCUGGGCUCUUAGCUUAGCCCAUGCACAGCUCUCGGAAGUGCUGUGGACCAUGGUGAUCCACACUGGCCUUAGCGUGAGGAGUCUAGGUGGAGGCUUUGGCCUUGUCUUCAUAUUUGCCGCCUUUGCUACCCUAACAGUAGCAAUUCUUCUGGUCAUGGAGGGCCUGUCUGCUUUUCUCCAUGCUCUUCGCUUGCACUGGAUUGAAUUCCAGAACAAGUUCUACACUGGCACUGGAUUCAAGUUUCUCCCUUUCUCGUUUGAUACCAUCCGUGAAGGAAAAUUUGAUGACUAGAUAUCCCUCAGCUUGAGCAGUGUUAAACUUCGUGUUCUGUGGUUAGCCCCUGUCCCAUGUGUCCGAGUUGCAUGUAAUCCUCCCAUAGUGAAAAUAACUUAUUGCAGCAAACUCAAGUGUUACCAUGGAUUUUUCAAAGCCAAGAGCUUUGAUAUCCUUUGGUAAUGAGUGACACUGGAUCAAAGCUUUUCUUAACUUUACCACUGAGGAUACUAAUUGCAUGAAGUGUUUAAAUUUGAUGUGUGAUAGUGUAUUUCUCGUGUUGUGAAUUUCCUGGCAGGCUUAUCAGAGCGGUAUGGGAAAAAUGCAGCUCUGGCUGAGUGGGCAUAAAAACACACAGGGGAAAAAAGGCAUAACAGCUUCAGUUUGCAUAAAGCUUGCUGCUCAGGGGAGAAACUUUUUUUUAAAGGAAGUUUUAUGUAUGGAUCCUAUGUCUGCUUCUAAACAAAUCACAAGCAUGGGCAGCUCACAAUGCAGGGCAUGCUCCUCCUACCUCUAACCCUUCCACAUGUGAAAUGUUUUUAUCUGGCAAAAACAUGUCUCUUACCCUUGCUGGGAUUCAGCUCUUCUCUGAACUGUGGCCAUGGCUUCAAGAGGCAUGAUUCACCCUCAGCUAAGUGUAUGGGGCUCUCCAUUUGCUGUGACGAGGGAGUAGCAUCUUUCCCUUGCCACAUUUCUCCUGGCAGAGGAGGAUCAGAAAAGACUGUUCCUUUCCUCUACAGAGAGGAGAUGCUCCUUAGCAAUGUGCACGGCAGGUUUGUAUCCCACACAAAGCCUUGUGGCCAGCAGUGAAAGCCUGCUGCUUGUUCCAGCUCUGCUUUGGGAGCUGGAAGGGUGGCACUUGCCGAGUCUGUGUUGGUGGGAACGGGGGGCUGGAGCACAGAAGCCUCUGCUGUCUGGGGAGGGCCCAUGGGCAAGCACCCUGGGGCCAGUCUGCACAACUCGGUCUGGCUUGUGGUAUGGGCAGAAUGGUUGGGCAGUUUCUGGACAGAAAUAGUAUAAAUUGGGUGUAAUAGGCAUUGGUAGGUGUUCCGGUGUGUUUUAAACUGUAGCAGUUAGCACACAUCCCUGUUGUGCAUGGGUACCCAGACACAUGGGGGUGUUAGGGGGGACAUUCUCCCUUUUGACUGAGUUCACGUCAUUCACUUUGUUGACAGCCGUGCACUCAGAGAGCUCGUUCCCAGCAUCGUGCAUCUUGCUCCUAAAAUUCUGUUCCCUGUUGUGUAGAGCUGGACUCUGCUUCCAAGUCCAUGGCUGUCUAGACAAAAGGAACCAGGGCAUUUGUGUAGCUAGAAUGAAAAAUUUAACUUUUUUUUUUUUUUUUUUUUUUUUUUUUUGCAAAAUAAAUGGAGGAUUAUUUGUAGGUAGUCUGAAGGAAGCCCGUAUUGUAAUUCGUACACUAAGGUGAUACGGAGGAGGGAAGAACUUGGUGCUGCAAACUGUCAUCUUGAGUAUCUGACUACUGACAGUGGACGUUCCUGUUUUUUGUGUUUAAAAACAAAACUCUAAGCCUGUAAAGUCUUAGAGGUUCAGGGAUAGCUGAGAAUGUCCAGGUAGAUCUAACAUCAGUGCAAACAGUUACUGUAAACAUGGAGAUGCCAGUGACUUGUUGUCAUGGCAAUUGUAUUCUGCUCAUCUAAGAAGCUAAGAAGCCCUUUAACGGAGAACAGGAGGCUGUCUUGCCAAAGUAGUCUCCAUGGAAAUGGGUCUCAGCUGUAUCUCACCAGUGUAGCUGUUGCUUUUUCUCCUGUGCAAAAUGUGAAUAAUUUCUUGCACUCCCCAAUUUGAUGUAGCUGCUGGAGCAGUCGCGUGUGCAUGUGUGUUAGUGUUGUGUGCAACUUUGUCAUGUGUAAUUGUCACAGUGGAUCUAUAGUAUUUGUGUAUGAAAAGCUAGAACAUAAUGAGAAUCAUCUCAACCUGGAAUUGAAGAGGAAGUGCCGUGCAGUGCAGGGCUGCUUACAAUGAUGCGAGAAGGAUGCGUGUUUGCACUUAAUGCAGGGGGCAGAACAACCACAACCACAGCCCCGAGCGGCGUUCCCCGCCGUCACGUGCGAGUGCAUGGGGCAAGGGGAUCCUUGCACUGCGCUUGGGCAGCUGCCCUAGGUAAUUACUGUGUUUACAGGCAAACCUCGCUGCAUGUUUACAAUGAUGUUUGCAAAAUGAAAGACAAAAUCAAAAGUACUCUGCAGGUGGAGCAGUGACACCAGUCCUGCUGCCCAGGUGAAAUGCAUUACUGAUACUCACUGUAUAAAUUAAUAAUUUAACUGUACUGGAAGUGG